UGUACCUGUCAGUGUGCUGACUGCAGCGCAGGGUAUCUCGCCUAGUGAUGGGUUUCCGCGGUCGGACGGGGCUGCGAGCCCUUUUGCUGCUGCUCUCCGUGUGCUCGGCGCGCGCUCUGCUCCCUUCUGAGCAGCGGGAUGGCCGCAGUCUGGUGUGGCAGCGCGGUGCGCCACUCGGCUCCCGGGUGCGGAGGAGCGCCGUGCCCGACAAGUCGCCCAGCAGCGAUGGGACCUGCCAGCCGCCCAUGGCCUUCCAGGACGUCCUCGAAAAAGAAACGCACCUGGGCAAGUUUGACCCCAGUGGAGAGCUGUCUUUGGUGUGGGUUGGAGAUGGAACAGGUGUCAUCCUUGUGCUGACAACUUAUGAGAUUCCUUUGAUUAUAAUUUCCUAUGGACAGUCAAAGCUGUACAGGAGCGAGGAUUACGGAAAGACCUUUGAGGAUAUAACGUCUCUUAUAAAUAACACCUACAUCCGGACAGAAUUUGGUAUGGGUUUGGGUCCUGAGAACUCCGGAAAGGUGGUGCUCGUAGCAGAUGUGUCAGGAGGGAGCACUGGUGGUCGUAUUUUCAGAUCUUUUGACUUUGCAAAGACUUUUGUACGAACAGAUUUGCCCUUUCACCCUUUGAGACCUGUAUCUUACAAUCCUGAAGACUCCAAUUGCCUGAUGCUCAUCAGUGUGCACUAUGAUUUGUGGAUAUCCAAGGACUUUGGAGAAUCUUGGACGAUAAUCUAUAAAUCUGUGUGUUCAGCCAAAUGGGGACCCGGAAACAUGAUUUUAAUCACGACCACAAGUGCUAAUGAAUCGUGUUCGGACUGGUCUGGAAUGGCCCUGUCAUUGACUAUGAAAAGGACAUCUGAUUACGGCAAAACAUUCAAGGUGCUAAAGGAACACAUUCACUCUUUUGGUUUAUGGGGUCGGUUUCUACUUGCCUCUGUGAUGGAAGAGGACAGAAUAAAGAGAAAAAUCCAUGUAUCUCAGGACCAUGGGGACACCUGGAAUGUGGCUCAGCUCCCGUCUGUUACACAUGAGCAGUUUUAUUCCGUAUUGGCAGCCAAUGACGACAUGGUGUUUAUCCAUGUAGAUGACGAGGGAGAUACAGGUUGUGGAACCAUUUACACGUCUGAUGAUAGAGGUAUAGUUUAUUCCAAAUCUCUGGAGAGACAUCUGUACACCAAGACAGGAGGAGAGACUGAUUUCACUAAUGUAACAUCCCUGCGUGGUGUUUUUAUGACCAGUGUACUCUCUGAAGAUAACUCUAUCCAUUCAGUAAUUUCAUUUGACCGAGGAGGUGAAUGGAGCUCCAUCAAUAAACCUGAAAAUACAGAAUGUGACUCAACAGCCAAAGAUAAGGCAAAGUGUAGUUUACACAUGCAUGCCCAAUACAGCAUGUCACAGAAUCUUGCAGUCCCGCUACCACCAUUGUCGGAGCCAAAUGCUAUAGGAAUAGUUAUUGCUCAUGGCAGUGUGGGAGAUGCUGUGUCUGUCGCGAAUCCCAAUGUGUACCUUUCGGAUGAUGGUGGUUACUCAUGGACCCGGGUGCUGCUUGGUCCUCACCAUUAUGCAAUCUUGGAUUCUGGAGGGCUUAUUGUGGCGAUACAACAAAGCGAAAUGCCUGUCAACACAAUCAAAUUUUCUACAGAUGAAGGCCAGUGCUGGUUCUUCUAUAAUUUUUCGAAGGAUCCUCUAAUGUUCACAGGUCUGGCUUCUGAACCAGGCGCCCGUUCCCUAAAUGUUACUGUAUGGGGAUAUCAGCCAGGUUUUCUUCAUCGCAUUUGGUUGUCGUAUACUAUAGACUUUGCUGUUCUUCUUAAGCAAAGCUGUGAAAAUAAGGAUUAUACCCCAUGGUUGGCACACUCUACAGACCCAGGAGCACCAUCUGAUGGAUGUGUUUUGGGUUAUAAAGAACAAUAUCAACGCCUUAAAAAAUCCUCCAUGUGCCAGAAUGGCCGGGAUUAUCUAGUCGGCCGGGAAUCUGUUAACUGUAGUUGCACUCUGGAUGACUACAUGUGUGACUUUGGAUAUUUUCGUAAAGAAAAUGAAUCCAUAUGUGUGGAGCAACCUGAACUCCAGGGCCAUGAGCUUGAUCUGUGUAUAAAUGGUGAAGAGGAGAAACUGACGACAAAAGGGUAUCGUAAGAUUCCUGGGGAUAAGUGCACUGGCGGAAUAAACCCUGUUCGCCAAGAAUUGGACAUGAAGAAAAAAUGUACAAAUGACCUUUCUGAUAGUUCUCAGAAGACACAGGAAAAAUCUGCAACAAGCUCUGUCGCACUGAUUCUGUCUGUAGCGGUGGUGCUCUUAGUUGCUGUUGCUGCAGCUAUCAUGAUAGUCAAGAAAUACAUUUGUGGGGGGAGGUUCCUUGUGCACAGAUACUCUGUUUUGAGGCAGCAUGUGGAUACCCAAGGUGAUGAGCAUUUGGAUACUAAUAUUGUGGAAUCGGGCAGGAGAAGUGGUUACCACGAUGACUCUGAUGAGGAUCUUUUGGAGUGAUGCUGAAAAUAUAAUUGACUGAACCGUGUGCAAGAUUCUUCACAAUGUUUCUAAAAUGGAUUUACUGUAAGAGGACACUACUGUUACAGUACAAUUCCAGAUCCUUCCUAUUUUAUCCACUGCUGGGUAAACAGAUGCCUGUGAAGCUGCGUUCUGUGAAAUGAUUACUUGAAAAUGUAGAACUUGCUUGGGUGCUGAAGUUCUAGGAACCCUAUGAAUUUAAUAUAGCGCUUUUUUUUUUUUUUUUUUUUUUUUUUUUUUUUACAACAUCCUUUUGGAACUGUGAUUUGGUGGAAGAAAAAUCAUAUAGUAAGCGGUGCAAUUGGUACUCUACAAAUGCUUUAUUCCGGCGCAUUUAAUUCUGGCUCAGGUCACAUAAAAGCCUUUUAUUUUCUGUACAGACAUGAGCUGAAGGGUAUCAGUCAUUGGCUCCCUCCAUCUUUAGAACUGGUUACAUGGAAUGGACUGAUCAGAUUUUCCCAUUUGUUUUAUGUGUGUCCUAGGGAUGCAGUUUGGACCCUUCAUACCGAGCAGGAACUUUGUUCUGUACAGAUCUAGCACUUGUAAAGCUUGUGAAUAUUACAGAGCAAAAUUCACUGAUGAAAAACUAAAUUAUAAUAUGUCUCUGGGGGCCAAAAAACCAUAAAUCACUGAAUUUUAAAUAUUACCCCUUUAAAACUUAACCUUUACUGAUUCUGUUAAAAUUCCCACCUCUAAAUGAUAAGAAUUAUAAAAAUAUAUAAAUGAGUGAUUUUUAUCUCCUUAGAGCCUAUUAGACAUCAUAACAUUGCCACCAUGUGGCUACUCACGGUACUGUUGACCACAGGGUGACUGAUUAAUGCAGAGAGGUCUUGCAAAGUGGGGCCAGUGCCGUACCAGGAUCUCUCCUUGUUGGUGAAUCAAUAUAAAGCUUGGUUGCCUUACGUCUAAGGGAGAAGAUCCGAUAAUUCCGCUUUUAGGCAGUAGGGGAGUUAUCCCUAUAAUCUAUGCUCACCCUGCCCAAGUAUGGAAGUGGGUGAAGUCAAAAAUGCUCCCACCCACAAAAACUCCAAAGUAGCACUAUGAAGUGUGGGUUUUUUAUUAUUUUUAACAUAAUUUUAACAGAAUCAGUAAAGGUUAAGUUUUAAAGGGGUAAUAUUUACAAUUCAGUGAAUAAGCAGAGCAGCUGACUUUUUUGUGCCAGGUACAUUUUCAUAGUCUUCCCACAAUGGCUAUAAACUACAGUGGCAACAUGGCAAUUGUGAUUUUUUUUUUUUUUUUUUUUAUUCUACUUGCAACUAAACUAUAUAUCCGACAAAAGUUUUAGUUGCUUGAAUACAUUAAAGGGGUUGUACAGAUUUAUAAAAACCUGGCUGCUUUCUUUCACACCUGUCCAUGGGCUGUGUCUGGUGUUGCAAUUCAGCCUCUAUAGAGGUGGAGUGGCACUGUUCUUGGAAGAAGACCUCCAUGUUUUUCUAAUCCUUUUAAGCUGGUAUGAAUUCAUAAAGACUUUCAGUCUUCUAUACCAGUAUUGAAACGCUAAUUGGAUUUCUAAAAUUGCAUUUUUAAACGUUUUACGUAAAUCUGGGCUGCAUAAAACUAACUUGGGCCUCUUGCACAUGGCCAUGGUUUGGUUCCGCAUCCUAGCCACAUUUUUUGUGGCUCAGGUGCGGACCAAUUCACUU